AUGUUGGCACUCAAAGCUGUUUUCACCUUUAUCUUGGUCCUCGCGUUGUCUCAUAGGGCGUAUUCGUCCUGUGAGCCAGAAAUCUCUUAUCCAGCUCCUAUAUACAAUUUGAAUACUUUGAAGAGCACUUUCCAAGAGAUCGACAACAGCCUCAAUAAGCUGAUCAAAGCGGGUGAUUACAGUGGGAGUUCCUUCUCAUUGGAGAUUUCCUCCCCGAGCCAGACUCUAUACACCAAAUACCACUUCGACAAGUCUCUGGGCGGAAGCCCAAUCAAUGGCUCUUCACGAUAUCGGAUUGCCAGCAACACCAAACUGUUUACUGCGUUGGGAAUCUUGAAGCAAGAGGCAGCGGGAAAACUUGGGCUAGACGAUGAGGUGACAAAGUAUAUUCCGGGGCUUCUCGACGGUACAAGCAAAAUCUCCUGGAAGGGUAUCACACUUCGAUCCCUACUAGCCCAUUUGAGUGGCCUUCCGGACAACUAUGGCGAUGAAGAUUUGCUUCUUAUGCUCUCUGAUCCAUCCGCAAUUGGGCUUCCUCCAUUGGAUACAGCCGAGAAAAACAAUCUACCAAAGUGCGGUGCUUAUACUGGAUGGACAGUUGCGUGUACGGACGCAGAUCUCGAUGAAAACCUUCACAACGUGAACCCAGUGUUUCCUUCCCAGAAGGAAACCUCCUACAGCAAUGUUGGAUUUGACCUUCUGGGUCAAGUUUUGGCGAAUGUGACCAAUAUGAAAUAUGAAGACUACAUCGAAGAGGCAAUAUUUAAGCCCCUUGGCAUGCAAGAAACAUCUUUCACUGUGCCUGUAGCUUUAGUUGCUGCUAGCGCUGGAUCAGGUUCUGACUGGGGCGUGGAUGAAGGUACCGAUAAUCCGAGUGCCGGGAUCUACAGCUCCUCUUCGGAUAUGAUCAAAUUUCUUCGCUGGGUCCUCAAAAAUUAUGAUAAAAUAACCCCAUCGCUGAACUGGUUCCAGCCUGCAGCCUGGAAUUCUGGAUCUCACUCGCUUCUUGGAUAUCCGUGGGAAAUCUUCCGGACUACCUCGAUCCUGCCAGACACAAAACGUCCUGUGACAUUCUACACAAAAGGCGGAGGCCUCACGGACUACUAUACCUACAGUUUUAUCAUCCCACAGUACAACCUUGUGGUUUUCAUGGGCGUGGCUGGAGGCUUGUCUGCACUAAACACAAUAUUCACGGAUGUUCUAAACCCACUCAUCGUCGCAGCAGAGUCUGAGGCACAGUCCCAGUUGGAAAGUUCAUACGGAGGAAUCUAUUCCUCUACUGAUUCAAACUUGAAUUCUUCGAUCACUCUCACUCAGACUCAAUCACGGUCUUUGUACAUCUCCUCGUGGAUCUCGAAUUCCACAGACGUCCUGGCAAACCUAAUCCCCUUCGUGUCCUCAACCGCCGGUACGAGUGGUGAUAUGUACUUCCAGCUCCUCCCUACCUUUAAAACGAGGCGCACGCAUGACGGUCAAGUUGGCGAAGUGUGGCGGCUCAUCGAUGUAAUUGACGAUUACGAUGGCUCUACAAACUCUACAACAGUCUGGAAUGACUAUUGUGUGGUGAAUAUUGAUCCAUUUUCCUACGGAACAGUUCCUCUAAAUGAGCUCGUGUUGUGGAGGAACUCCAGUGAGCGCCAUGCUACAGUGGAAUCCGUGACACUUUUAGCAUUCAAAGUCAAUUUGUGGCGAAACUAA